AGGGGCUGCUGCGCCUUUAAAAAACAGUUCAACAUCCAAAGAAAGUCUUCCAUGCUCCAAAAUGGACCUGAGGGAGCUGACUGCGAACGCGUUGUCCCAGAAUAGGAGAGCGGCUCUUCUGAUCGGCGGAGCCGGAGCUGCGCUCCUGGGACUUGGUAUUGGAUAUAAAUACAUAUGGAGGCCAGAAAAAGCCGUCCGUGUGGGUGUAGUGUCGCAGCUUCUCAUUCACCCCCUCAAGUCCGGUAAAGCGGUGUCGGUGGCUCUUGCAGAAUGCCAGAAAAUGGGACUGAAGUUCGGAGAGCUGCAGGAUCGACACUGGCUAGUGGUGACUGAGGAUGGCCACAUGGUGACAGGCAGACAGCAGCCCCGUCUGGUGUUGGUGUCUCUGACCUGCGAGGAAGGCCGUGUUUGUUUGAAUGGACCAAGCAUGGAGGAGCUGAAGUUCCCCAUCAAACAACCCAACAACCCAGUCCUCAACUGCAGAGUGUUCAGUGCUGACAUUCAGGGCAGAGAUUGUGGCGACGAAGCAUCUCAGUGGUUCACCCGUUAUCUCGGGGAGGAGAAAACCUUUCGUUUGGUCUACUUCGAACCACAGAUGAGGGCCAGGAGGUCAGCUGAUGUUGAGCCUCUUUUCCCCAAAAAUGAGCAGGUGGCAUACCCAGAUGUAGCGCCUGUGAUGCUGCUCUCCGAAGCUUCUGUUAAGGAUCUAAGCAGAAAGUUGGAGAAGGAUGUCACUGUGGAGCGUUUCCGUCCAAGUGUUGUGAUAAGCGACUGUGAACCAUUCAGUGAGGAUUCAUGGGAAGAGCUCCAGAUUGGCAGCGUGCGACUGCAGCGUGUAAUGUCAUGUGGAAGAUGUCUUUUCACCACAGUUGACCCAGAGACGGGUGUGAUCAGCAGAAAAGAGCCUUUGGAAACACUUAAAAGCUAUCGCCUGUGCAAACCAUCUGACCAGCACAUCUACAAAAAGGCUCCGCUCUUUGGACAAUUGCACUUCGUAAAGAAAACCGGGAUCCUUCAGGUCGGGGAUGACGUUUACAAGAUCAGCCGCUGAUGGAGGGAGUUGGUGGAGAAACAUGAUUCAGCAGAGAUCAGAUGUCACUGAGCUAGUCCACAAAAGAGACUGCUCUAAUAUACAUGAAAUGUACAAUAAUGGCAAAAAAUAAAGCACUAGAGUUGCAAUGGCAACAAAAAAAAUGCAAAAUAAAAUCAUAGUUUUUUGUUAUUUUAAUUAAUUGUCAUUCCGCUGUAUUCUGUACAUCAUUACAACUAAUGGAACCUAAAUUAAACAUAUUCUUAACAUGUGCAAAUUAAGGUUUC